CCGCCACUAAUGAAUGGAAAAUGUGCUUUAUGGGACUUUUGACCCUUCCCAGCUGGAGUAUGAGGACUCGGGCUCGGAUUUCUGUGAUGACGGCCCUCGCGUGACGACGGACUGCACAGCAGCAGGAGGAGGAGGAGGAGGAGGAGGAGGAGGAGGAGGAGAGCGCCUCGACCUCAGCGAAAUCUUCUUCUCCAACGAGGAGUACUACAGCAAGCUGGAGGAGCUGAAGAAGGCCCACCUGCGCACCAUGGCCGAGCUGGAGAACAUGUAUCGCAGGAAGCUGCAGCUCAAGGCCAUGGAGCCUCUGGACCCGACGCUGCUGCUGCAGACACCUGGGACCAGGCCCCCGCGGUGGGACAGCAGCCCGGCCGCUCCACGCCGUCUGAGGAAGUCCCGCUCAGCUGUGGAACUCAGGAGGGCCCCCAGCAUGUCAGACUCCUCCUUCUCCUCCUCCUCCUCAGAAGAAGAAGAAGACAACGCCAUCAACAACGCGGGAAGCGGCCUUAUUUUUUCCCCUAAAGAACACAUCAAGAACAUGUGGCGCGACUUCAACCUGUCCCCCCACAACCGCCACCUGUUGUCCUCCUCGGUGCGCAGCCUGCCGCUGGACCAGGAGGCCCCGCGGGAGGGGAGGGGGCGCAGGAGGCCCCCGCGUGGGGGCCCCGGCCGCGCGCCCACCGUCCCCAGACCUUUCCAGAUGACGCAGCGCGAGGCGGAGCGGCGGGAGCGCGGCGGCAGGGCGCGCGCGGCGGUGGAGCAGGAGAACGCCGAGCUGCGGCGGCAGCUGGAGGAGCUGACGGAGUGCCAGAGGAAGUUCCGGGCCGGCCCGGUGCCGGCUCACGUGCACGUGCCGCUGUACGACCAGCUGCUGCGGGGGCGGCGCAAAGAGGAGCGGCGGCGGCGGGCCAGAGAGCAGGAGGACCAGCAUCCUCCGCCCGCCCACAGGCCCUUCAGCUUCCUGGAGAGGGAGCGGCUGAAGAAGGAGCAGAGAGAGCUGCGCCCCCCCCAGCCGUGCGGCCAGGAGAAGGUCAAACCCUUCAGGGCCAAGCCCGUGCCCAGGGCGGUGUACGCCGCCGCCUCCGGGGAGCAGAUGAAGGAGGAGCAGCUGUACCGGUCCAUCAAGAUACAGAUGAGAGCGCAGGAGAUGCUCCACAGCGCCGCCAUGCCCCCCAGCAUGCUCGCCAGGCGGCUCAGCGACCGCAAGAAGCCCGACGUGGGGGGGGGCAGCUUCUCCCACCGGCCCCACAUCAACGCCGAGGUGCCCGACUUCGACGCCAGCUACCGGCGCUUCCAGAGGCACCUGGAGAGGCAGAAGGAGGUGAAGCCCACCACGGCGUGCGAACCCUUCCAGCUGAGGACGGCGCGCAUCCCCUCGCACCGGGAGCGCGUCCUGGCCGACAUCGAGAGGGAGCAGAGCAGCCCCCGGGCCGGGCGCCGCCCCCCCGCCAGCCCCGGCCCGGCUCGGAGGGCGACCUCCAGUCGGUGCUCGUCCCUCUCCGGCAGCCUGGAGGUGCUGCCGACCAAAGACACGGACGCCAGCAAGAAGCGCGAGGAGGCCGUCAGAAAGCUGCUGGAGCAGAGGAAGCAGGCCGACGAGGAGGAGGAGCGGUGGAGGGAGAGGCAGAAGCAGAGGGAGAAGAAGCUCCAGAGGGAGGUGCUGAAGCGGGCGCAGGCCAACGACCCCCACCUCGCCCUCUCACAGACACAGCCCACCAAGCUCCGAGAGUUCAGGAAACAGGAGCUGCAGCGCAUGAAGGAGUACCAGCAGGAGUUUAAGGAGAUGCAGCAGAGGGUGAAGGGGAGGCCGCUGCUGCUGGAGCAGGUGACACAGAGUAACGCCAAGCAGGCGGCGGGGAAGCGCUACGCGGACGCCCUGCGCGGAUGUGACCUGACCGAAGACUUCGUCAGCAGCACGGCGGCGAAGUGCGACGCCUCCACCUCCAGCGACCACGGCCACAGCGGGGGAGAGGAGCCGGACACGGGGUACAAACCCGCCCACUACGGAAAGGUCCUCCGGGCCGACAGCAGCGCUUCACUGAAGCACCGCGCGGGAGGGGGGGCCGCCAGCCGCCACUCGGACGGAGAUCGCCGUGACGACGACGGCGACGACGACCGCCAAUCAGAAGAGAGCUACUCAGACGACCAGGAGAAUUAUUCAGACGACAGCGAUCACGAAGCCGGGGAGUGACGGGUCAUGUGAGGACAACAUUAGUUCACUUCAUAUAAUGUGCAGUUAGUUGAGAUUUUGGAAGCUUUUGAAUGAUUUUGCAUUAUUCCUGAUGGAGAUGAUUGUACAUGUGAUAAAAAACAUUAGAUGACAUUCAAAGUUUUAAUAAAUGUAAAUACAAAUAGUUGGUCUACCAGGCGGUGUGGAUUUAUUACAUUAGAAUGUAAAAUACAAGCUGUUAUCCUGUAGAUUAAUAUCUUGUUUUAUAUAUUUUUUUUAACUCUUUUCCUUUUUUUCUUUUGUUAAAAAGAAUUAGUCUGAACAUUUUUACACUACAAGUUAAAAGUUUAAAAAAAGUGAAAUGCAGCACAGCCAUUGGAGCAGCCAUAUUUUAAUCCAGGAACAUCAUAUAUAAUAGUAAAGUUUAUGUAGCUGGUAGCACUUUACUAUACUAUACAAUAUUUUCCUUUUAGGGGAGUAUUUCCACAGUGUGUUAGUAGUGUUUUGGGACAUAGUGCACUAAUUCAAAGCAGCUAAAUGGAAUUUAUUUCUUAAUAAUUCUAUUAUUUCAGCUUUCGCUACUGUGAUAAAAUCUAAAUAAAAAGGCCUAAUUGAAAUAAAUUAACAGUUAUGAGAGACACAAACAUGAUGAUCUGUCAACUGUUUAUUAUUGUACCGGCUAUGUGUUGGUAAUUUAUUAUUUGUUUAAUGUCUGUGGCUUUCGUGAAUUUCAUAAAUAAUUGUGUAUUUCUACGUGAUGUCCAAUAGAAUAUAUAUGUGGGUUCACACAAAAUGAGUCAUAUUUAUUUUUUGAAGUAUUUAUUCAUUGUUGUUGUUGUUGUUUUUUGUCAUCAUAAACGUGUUCCUGUGACAAUGGGCCAUCUGCAAUAAAGCAACUUGUGCAAGAGCAAUUUUAACAUUGUA